GCCGGCGCGCACGUCAGUCACGUCGGCACAAGACGAAGAAAGAAAGAACAGCUUCACAGGCCACUUCUUUUGAUAACACGGGAAGGAAACGAUAACCACAAUACGGUUUGUUGAUCCUCGCAGGCAGGACGAUGCCCCGGCGUUCCCGUCAAACGUAGUUUGAAGAGAAGAAGCCUGCUAGCUAGCUUAGCUACGCGGUGUGACAGCCUAACGUCGGGUCAUUAGCCUGUAGCUAACUGCUUUGUAAGAGAUAUCAAUCAUGACACAAAAAGUCAACCUGAGUUCGGUUUCUCUGGGUGUGGUGGGAAUGACCUGUGGCUCGUGUGUCCAGUCCAUCGAGCAGCGCAUCGGGUCGCUCCCUGGAGUGAUGCAUAUAAAGGUGUCUUUAGAGCAGAAGAAUGCCACGGUCAUAUUUGACCACAGCCAACAUAGCCCAGAGUCUCUGUCGGAGGCAAUCGAGGACAUGGGAUUUGAAUCCAGUCUGUCGGACUCCAGCGCGGCCUCGCCGGUCCCCACAGAGACCCAGCUGAUCCCCACCUCAGGCCUGACGCCCGCAGCCCGACAGGAGGCUCUGGAGAAGCUCUCCCAGUGUCAGGGAGUGUUGGAUGUGCGAGAGAGCUCAGCUCCGCUGGGCAUCACUGUUUCCUUUGUUCCUUCCCUGACUUCAGCGCAGCAGCUGAGUGAGGUGGUGGCAGUAUUAACACCUGCGGAGAAGCCACCACAUCACAGUCCAAUGGCAAAAGGUCCAGCCUCGUCCCCAUCCCACACCACGGGGAGCAGGGCGGCGCUCCUUAAGCUGAACAUUGAGGGAAUGACCUGUCACUCCUGCUCCAGCACCAUCGAGGGGAAAAUUGGAAAACUGAAAGGGAUUGAAAAGAUCAAAGUUGUGUUAGAGACUCAGGAAGCUACAAUCGUGUACCUGCCUUACCUCAUCACUGUCCAAACCAUCACCGACCAGAUUGCUGUGGCGGGCUUCAAAGCAAUUGUCAGGUCCAAGCCUCGGGCUUUGCAGCUCUCCCUCAGUGAAAUCGAACGUUUGGUCGAUUCCCAAAAACCAACCGCUUCGUCGCCGUCGGAAGAGACCGAAAUCUUCAUAGACACAACGCUUACCGCGCUGAGGGUGAAAGGCAUGCACUGCCAUUCAUGCGUGGUCAACAUCCAAGACAACAUCUCUCUGCUGCCUGGUGUCUCCUCUGUGGAGGUCUCUCUACAGUCGGAGAAGGCCUCCAUCUGCUACGAUCCUCUGAAGGUCUCUGUGACUCAGUUGCAGCAGGCCAUUGAGGCGCUGCCUCCAGGAAACUUCAAGACUCAAACCUGGGACGUUUCCGCAUCGCCCACAUCUGCCUUAUCACCGCCUCGGCCUGCGCGAGCAACCCAGGCGAAGCCUGCUGCCUCUCAGCCUUGCUUUACCCAACCUCUUGCAUCUGUGGUUAAUAUUCACAUCGAGGGCAUGACGUGCAACUCCUGUGUCCAGUCCAUCGAAGGCGUGAUCUCUACAAGGAAGGGAGUGAUUUCAGCCCACGUCUCCCUGUCUGAUCACCAGGGGACCUUUGAGUUUGAUCCCCUCCAGGCUUCACCGGAGGAGCUGAGGGCGGCCGUGGAGGACAUGGGCUUUGACGCAUUCCUACCUGAGACCAAUUCUCUGCUUCCUGCACCGAAUCUCAGCCUCUCAAAGUCUUCGAGUUUUUCAAUUGUGAAAGAUAAGGAGUUGGACGGGGACCUACAAAGAACAAAAGAAAGCUUUCAAGCAAACGACAGAGACACACACUCUAAAUGCUACAUCCAGAUAGGAGGGAUGACCUGUGCAUCCUGCGUGGCAAACAUCGAGAGAAACCUCAAGAAUGAAUCUGGUAUCUACUCGGUGCUCGUAGCACUAAUGGCCAGUAAAGCAGAGGUGCGUUAUAACCCGGAGCUCAUCGACCCUGAAGCAAUAGCCGAGUGUGUGAAAGAGUUGGGCUUCAGCGCCUCCGUUAUGGAGAACUACGAAGGGGCCGAUGGGAACCUGGAGCUAGUGGUCAGGGGAAUGACGUGUGCCUCUUGUGUUCACAAAAUUGAAUCCAGCCUCAUGAGAGAAAAGGGGAUUAUAUAUGCCUCUGUUGCCUUGGCAACCAACAAGGCACACAUUAAGCACGACCUGGAAAUCAUAGGGCCGCGAGACGUCAUCAAGCUGAUCGAGAAUCUGGGGUUUGAAGCGUCUUUGGUGAAGCGCGACCGCACUGCCAGUCACCUGGACCACAGCAAAGAGAUCCGACAGUGGAAGAAAUCUUUCCUGGUGAGCUUGUUUUUCUGUGUGCCUGUCAUGGGCAUGAUGACCUACAUGAUUAUCAUGGACCACUACAUGAAUGUUUCCCAUCAACACAACGCCACGUUGGAGGAUCGCAACCACUACCACGCCACCAUGUUCCUGGAGAGACAGCUGCUCCCAGGCCUCUCCAUCAUGAACCUCCUCUCCUUCCUCUUUUGUGUGCCUGUACAGUUUAUUGGAGGUCGAUACUUCUACAUUCAAGCCUACAAAGCGGUCAAACACAGAUCCGCUAACAUGGAUGUCUUAAUAGUUCUGGCUACCACCAUAGCCUUCACCUACUCGCUGGUCGUCCUAAUAGUUGCCAUGGCCGAGAAGGCCAAAGUCAACCCCAUCACCUUCUUCGACACGCCGCCGAUGCUCUUUGUCUUCAUCUCCCUGGGCCGCUGGCUGGAGCAGAUAGCUAAGAGCAAAACAUCUGAAGCUUUGUCCAAGUUGAUGUCGCUACAAGCAACCGAGGCCACAGUGGUCACGCUCGGCAGCGACAAGUCCCUCAUCAGUGAGGAGCAGGUGGAUGUUGAGCUGGUGCAGAGGGGCGAUGUGGUGAAAGUCGUUCCUGGAGGAAAGUUUCCAGUCGAUGGGAGGGUCAUCGAGGGUCACUCCAUGGCUGACGAGUCGCUGAUCACAGGUGAGGCCAUGCCGGUGACUAAGAAGCCCGGGAGCACUGUGAUUGCAGGCUCCAUCAACCAGAAUGGCUCCCUGCUCGUCAGUGCUACACAUGUUGGCAUGGACACCACGCUGUCCCAGAUCGUCAAACUUGUCGAGGAGGCUCAGACUUCUAAGGCUCCCAUCCAGCAGUAUGCCGAUAAGAUUAGCGGCUACUUUGUACCAUUCAUUGUUGGCAUCUCCCUCCUCACACUGAUCGUCUGGAUUGUCAUCGGGUUUUUAGACUUCUCGCUGGUGGAGGAGUACUUUCCUGGUUACGACAAGAGCAUUUCCAAAGCUGAGGCGGUGAUUCGUUUCGCCUUCCAGGCCUCCAUAACGGUGUUAUGCAUCGCAUGUCCCUGUUCUCUUGGCUUGGCAACCCCGACAGCUGUCAUGGUGGGCACGGGGGUCGGCGCCCAAAAUGGCAUCCUGAUAAAGGGAGGAGAGCCACUCGAGAUGGCGCACAAGGUCCAGUCGGUGGUAUUCGAUAAGACAGGGACCAUCACGUAUGGCGCUCCAAAGGUUAUCCAAGUCAAGAUAGUUGUGGAGGGGAACAAGAUGCCUCGUUCCCGACUACUGGCCAUCGUGGGUACGGCGGAGAACAACAGUGAACAUCCUCUGGGAGCAGCCAUCACCAAAUACUGCAAACAGGAGCUCGGCACAGAGUCUCUUGGCGCAUGCACCGACUUUCAGGCGGUUCCCGGCUGUGGCAUCCGGUGUCAGGUGAGCAACACGGAGAACCUGCUAAAACAGGCGGACAGCGACAGCGACGACAACACCCAGCAGAACAGCGUCCUGAUCCAGAUCAGUGACACCAGGAUGUCCACCAGCUCCCAUCCACUUAUCAUGGACCCUCAGCCACUAAACCUUGUCCAGACAGCCAACUACGUGGUUCUGAUUGGAAAUAGAGAGUGGAUGAAAAGGAAUUGCCUGCAGGUUAGACCGGAUAUAGAUGACGCCAUGAUGGAGCACGAGCGCAGAGGACGCACUGCAGUUCUAGUUGCCGUGGACGAUCUGCUGUGCGCGAUGAUAGCCAUCGCAGACACUGUGAAACCGGAGGCGGAGCUUGCCGUUAGAACUCUGACCAGCAUGGGCCUGGAGGUGGUGCUGAUGACUGGAGACAACAGCAAGACGGCACGUGCCAUUGCUGCUCAGGUGGGUAUCAGGAAGGUGUUUGCCGAGGUGCUGCCCUCCCACAAGGUGGCCAAGGUGGAGCAGCUGCAGCAGGCAGGAAAGAGGGUAGCCAUGGUGGGCGACGGUGUCAACGACUCGCCUGCUCUGGCCAUGGCUGACGUGGGCAUUGCUAUAGGAACUGGGACAGAUGUGGCCAUAGAGGCGGCAGAUGUGGUUUUGAUCAGGAAUGACCUUCUGGAUGUGGUGGCCAGCAUCGACCUUUCUAAAAAGACCGUCAGGAGGAUCAGGAUCAACUUUGUAUUCGCUCUAAUCUACAACCUGGUCGGCAUUCCUAUCGCUGCUGGUGUGUUCCUUCCAGUCGGGCUGGUGUUGCAGCCCUGGAUGGGCUCCGCUGCGAUGGCUCUGUCGUCCGUCUCGGUGGUUUUGUCCUCCCUUCUACUCAAAUGUUACACUAAGCCCACCGCCGAGAUGUUGGAGGCCAGACUGGGUAACAGCAGACGGCAGGGCAGCCUGUCGGACGUCAGCGUCCACAUCGGCAUGGGCGAGCUGCGUCGUCCCUCCCCUAGACUCAGCCUGCUGGACCGCGUCGUGAACUACAGCCGGGCCUCCAUCAACUCCCUGCGCUCCGACAGGAACUCCCUCCACAGCUUGGUGCUCAGUGAGCCCGACAAGCACUCACUGCUGGUGGGGGGCGCGGUGUGUGAGGAGGACUUUUGCUGAGUACGCGGGGCUCACGUGGGUCAGCAGCGACUUUUAUAAGAGUAGAGUUCAAAUGCAUUUGUCCUGCCGCGCCAAGCUUAGGGGGCUGCACGCUGAGUAGCAGCCCUUCUAUCUGCUGUAGAUACCUCGGGGCAGCGCCGGUAACUUACACGCUCCUGGUUUUUCUUUUAGCUCAACCAGCUGAUCACAUGCACUCCGGAGCUUGAAGUGGUGGCUUUCUGUCCCUUAGUUGCAGGUCACCACACUCGGGCACUCUGAGCAGCCCUGCGACACUCCCUGUGUGCGUGGAGAUGAAGCAUCCACACAACCGGGAAGUAGAAUGAUGAUCAGCUGCUAUCUAUCCAAAGACAUCUCAGCAGUGGUGCCCCGUGUAUAUGUGGACACCACUGAGUCAUAUAUUUGACUCAAUUUCUUAAAUGAAGAAAUACUAUAACGCUGUUGUAUAAUUAUAUUCCAGAGUAUUUAUAUUACCUUUUAUUUAUCUGUCGUUCAUUAUAAUCUUUGGGGGGGAAAUGUUGUUAAAUCCAAAUCCAAAUUUUCACUUUUAAUCUCCCAAUAUGUGUAGUUAGUAAAAAAAAGCUCCGAAUGAAAAGAAGCAUGUAACUUGCUGAAGUCACUUUUGUUUUUGUGCGCUGUGCUAAUGAGGGUGGAGUGGUGAAUGUUACCCAAGUGCCAGGUGAAGUGCCACCUUGGCAAACGUCCCAUUCCAAAGAUGACACCGUACAGGUUACCUUGGACUGAACAGAGACGAGGUCGUCAACUGUGUCUGUAAUUGGGUCUGCCCUCAUCGUUGCCUAAUCAUGCAGGAUGUCAGUCUGAAUAUGAACAUUAUUUGCAGUUAAACUCCAACGGAAACUGUUACGUGAAUGACUUUGUACGUGUGUGAAUUUGCUCGUUGCAAAGACACUGUUUUGUGUUUUUUUUAUGAUGCAGUUUAUAAAGAAAAAGCCAAGUGUGCUUUUUUCACUUAAGGCGUUUUGACUCGUCACAGGAGGAAAAUCACAGGUGUGAAAUGAACGAAGGCCGAAUUCCAUUUAGCUGCGUUGGUUUCAUAUUGUUCACGCGGCCUCUCGUUAUUGUUGGCAACAUCUUUUCCUUCGAUGACAAGUCAACAUGUUUGCGGUGGAAAAAAAGCGCAAACGCGUGUGUUCUCUCUGGCGUCACACUAGACCGUUGUAGUUCAUUGAUUCAAGGAAUAUCUUUUGUUUUUAAAAUGUGAACCGUUGCCCUCCAUCAAAGAAACGUCUUUAAACCCAGGGGAGCAGAACAAACACAGCCGUGUCAGUACCACCAAACAAGUUACUGAGAGACAAAUGUGGGGGACUUAAGUAGAAUUGAGUGUUUUAUUUAAAAUCAGGUUGUGUAAUCAAAGUGAAGUCUUUAUAUCAUAGACAGAUGCUGUUAAACUGUCUAUGCUUUAUGUUCUCCUCUGCAUUACUAUUGACUGUGUCAACUCAGGAGAUGAUCACUGCACUCCAGCUAUUCCUGUAACAUUUGUGUCUGAGCGCCUCUAGAGAUUCUCGUAGACCAUGAAAGGAGCCAUCACUUCUUUGCGCCGGUUUCCCAUGAUGCAUUAUGUUCUGUUGAGGUCAAAAUGCUCCCUGUGCAGUUGUUUUUGUGCAUUGGCUGGCGGAAAAACGUCCGUAGGGCUUCAGAUCUGUGAGCGUUCAAAUGAAGCAAGUAUGCCGUCUUUCCUAGUUGAACAUUAAGUGCCUUUAGAAUAAAACACUUUUGUAACGUCA